UUCUUAUUUUUUCUUAACCACCAUCUUUUGUAUAUCUAAGAAAAAUGGAGGAAAUCGGAGUUCUAAUGAUCUGUCCAAUGUCCACCGAACUCGAAGAAGAACUUGAUAACAAAUUCAAGCUCUUUAGGUUUUGGAAUGUACCUAAUCAGAGAGAAUUUCUUGAAGAGAAUUCAAAUUCAAUUAGAGCUAUAGUAGGUAGUGGAACUGCUGGUGCAGAUGCAAAGUUGAUUGAUUCAUUACCUAAACUGGAAAUCAUAUCGAGUUUUAGUGUCGGUUUAGAUAAGAUUGAUUUAGUUAAGUGCAAGGAAAAAGGUAUCAGAGUUACUAAUACACCAGAUGUGUUGACUGAAGAUGUUGCUGAUCUAGCUGUUGGUUUGAUCUUGGCUACCUUGAGGAGGAUUUGCGAGAGUGAUCGUUAUGUUAGACAUGGAUUGUGGAAACUGUGUGAUUUCAAAAUGACUACUAAGUUUUCUGGUAAAAGAGUAGGCAUCUUGGGUAUGGGACGGAUUGGUUCAGCAAUCGCCAAGAGAGUGGAUGGUUUCGGUUGCCCUAUAAGUUACUGCGAUGAAAAACCUACUACCACAAAAUACAAGAACUAUUCAAACGUCAUGGAGUUAGCUUUGAACUGUGAUAUCCUCGUUGUUGCUUGUGCACUCACACCAGAAACUUAUCAUAUUAUCAACAAUGAAGUGAUAAAUGCAUUAGGUCCAAAUGGAGUCCUGAUUAACAUCGCUCGUGGCCCUCUUGUUGAUGAAUCUGCGCUAGUUUCUGCGUUGGUUGAAGGUCGAUUGGGUGGUGCUGGUCUCGACGUGUUUGAGAAGGAACCUGAAGUGCCAGAACAACUGUUAGGGCUCGAUAAUGUAGUCCUGCAACCACAUGUUGCAAGUGGAACAUGUGAAACUCGUGCAGAAAUGAGAAAUCUUGUGGUAAAGAAUUUAGAAGCUCACUACCUGAACAAGCCUCUAUUAACCCCAGUUGUUUGAGGAGUGAACCUGUUGGUUUUUGUUUUAGGGAAGUUCCAUUUGUUUCGUUAAGAAUGGGAAAACUAAGACUGUGUCAUACAAAGAGAUACUCCCUCAGUUUCUAAAAAACACAAAAUUGGUUAAAAAGACCAAAAUCAACAA